CAGGUUUUAAAUAUCAGGAAAGACAGCAAAUGCCGUGUGAAAAUAGCAGGCCCAAAGUUCUUAGUAAACUACAGCCAGGGGGACUCGGACUAGACCGGAGGUAAAGGUGUUGGUACAGAGUGGGUCUGAUUCUAAGCCUUUUGGGGGCUGAGUUUUUGUGUUUGUUUUGUUGUUAACUUACUCAAUUUAGAGGUGUAUUACACUGGUCAGGUAAAGAGCAGAGCAGCACCAGCAUCAAAAUAGUGCCAGACAGUUUUGAAUGCCACAGUAUCUAUAUUUUUAUUCAAGAAGAUAAAGAGCCCAGCAUAGAUUCUGUUCUCAUCUUUACCCAAUUGCAAAGUCAAAAGUUAAGAAACAGCAAUUCAGGGCACUUUUUUAGGUGGGAAGGAAUCCAGAGGAUGGCUCUGAAUGACUGUUUGCUUCUGAACUUGGAAGUGGACCAUUUCGUGCACUGCAACAUUUCUAAUCAUAGUGUGGAGCUCCCCAUGAAUGACGACUGGUUCCACCCCGGGAUCCUCUAUGUCAUCCCUGCAAUUUAUGGAGUCAUCAUUCUGAUAGGCCUCGUUGGCAACAUCACCCUGAUCAAGAUCUUCUGUACUGUGAAGUCCAUGCGAAACGUGCCGAACCUGUUCAUCUCCAGCCUGGCUUUGGGAGACCUGCUCCUCCUGGUAACCUGUGCGCCCGUGGAUGCCAGCAGGUACCUGGCUGACAAAUGGCUGUUUGGCAGGAUUGGCUGCAAACUGAUCCCCUUUAUCCAGCUUACCUCGGUAGGGGUGUCUGUCUUCACACUCACGGCUCUCUCGGCAGACAGGUACAAAGCCAUCGUGCGGCCAAUGGAUAUCCAGGCCUCCCAUGCCCUGCUGAAAAUCUGCCUCAAAGCUGCACUGAUCUGGAUUGUCUCCAUGCUGCUGGCCAUCCCAGAGGCCGUGUUUUCUGACCUACAUCCCUUCCAUGAGGAAAGCACCAACCAGACCUUCAUUAGCUGUGCCCCAUACCCACACUCUAAUGAGCUGCACCCCAAAAUCCACUCCAUGGCUUCCUUCCUGGUCUUCUACAUCAUCCCACUGUCGAUCAUCUCUGUUUACUACUAUUUCAUCGCCAGAAAUCUGAUCCAGAGUGCCUACAAUCUCCCCGUGGAAGGGAAUAUACAUGUCAAGAAGCAGAUCGAGUCCAGGAAGCGCCUGGCCAAGACAGUGCUGGUGUUCGUGGGGCUCUUCGCCUUCUGCUGGCUCCCCAACCACAUCAUCUACCUGUACCGCUCCUACCACUACUCCGAGGUGGACACCUCCAUGCUCCACUUCAUCACCAGCAUCUGCGCCCGCCUUCUGGCCUUCACCAACUCCUGUGUGAACCCUUUUGCCCUCUACCUGCUGAGCAAGAGUUUCAGGAAGCAGUUCAACACCCAGCUCCUCUGUUGCCGGCCUGGCCUGAUGAGCCGGUCUCACAGUGCCGGCAGAAGUACCAGCUGCAUGACCUCCUUCAAGAGCACCAACCCCUCCGCCGCCACCUUCAGCCUCAUCAAUGGAAACAUCUGUCACGAGGGGUACGUCUAGACUCACCCUUGACCCUGCCCCCCUGGUUUUGCUUUAUGGCUGGUGAGGAACCCUUGUGUCGCUGGUUGUCUCUGUACCCUCCGAAGACGCUUUGGCAGGCUUGUGAGUGAUCUGGGUGGGUAGGGGAGAGGCCCAAAUAGGUCAC